UUAAGUCUAUAUUUAUACCAUUAUAACCAUAAUGGUAAUAAGAAUUAUAAUGGUUAUUACCGUCGGUGUACCUUUAAGUGAUCUAGAAAUGUAUGAAUGUCGUCUGAUAACAUUCAAUGAUGGAUGGAAACUAAACUAUUGAACACCUACUCAAAUGGCUAAAACGGGUUUCUAUUAUUCGGGCAAACGAGAUUGUGUCAGAUGUAUGUUUUACUCAAACGAAUUUGAUUGUUGGCAGCGAGGUAAAGAUUCGAUGAUGGAACGCAAGCGUAAAAGUCCUCAAUGUCUCUUCUUUAGAGACAGUUCAGCGUAUGAUGUUUGCGGCUUGUACGGUUCUCCACUCUCUGCAAUUAGCUCUAGUAUGGAAGCCGAAAAUAAUGAAUAUUUACUAGAAAUGCUUCAUCAAAUUAAAACUCCUAAUCAUAUAUUGUUUAGUACAUAUACCGCUCGUAUGACAACAUUUGAUAAGUGUCAAAGAAAAAUGAUGCAAAAAGUACAAUACCUUUGCGAAGCCGGAUUUUUUUAUAUAGGUAACGGUCAAAAUGAUCGAAUGUGUUGUUUUUGCUGUAGUCAAGUACUAAGAGAUUGGGAUGAUGAUGACGAGCCGUGGACAGAACAUGCACGAUGGUCUCCUAAAUGCGCUUGGGUUUUGUUCAAUAAAGGUAAAAUAUUUAUUGACAAAGCGUGUGGAAAAAAGGAUGAAAAUAAUUAAUCUUAAAAAUUUUUUAUUUAUAUGUGUAAAUAAUUAUUUAUUUUUGUGAUAUACAAUAAAUGUAUUAUUUUUACAAACAAUU